UAUACAUAAGGUAUAUUUUAAAAUUACAGGUAUCACAGCCAAACUAAAGCAAAUCGAGGAUGCGGACAAUGACGUUGAUAAAUCUAGCAAGGUUUGCAAUCGUUGUUGUUUUCCUGCAUGUUGUGAAGCCAACCUUUGAACGAUAUGCACCGCCGGCAGAAGUCUACAACGGAACGUGUAAGGGUAACUACAGGAAAUACAGUAAGAAAGACUGCGAAGAAUCGUACACUAAAUUUAAAAGCAGGACCGCGUAUACUGGAUUGGAUAUUCAGCAACACACCUGGCAAUGUGAUAACAUGUUUAAAUGGUCGGCCACCGCGGCAAAUAAGACAGGUGGUGGGACAGGAUUUACAGAAUCUCAGAAAGAUUGGCUUAAAGGACUUCUAGAUCAUUUGACCGAAUCAUUAAACCCCUCGAAGAAAAGAAGUGUUCACGGGUUCCCAAUCGGCACAAGGAAAGAGUAUCGCGUGGCAUCAUAUACUGAGCGGAUGAAAUUUCACCGAGCUAUCAACAUGCUAAAGAACGAUCCGAUUGAUGGGCCGUUUAAUACUACCAACAAAUACGACACAUUAGUGUCAUUUCACCAUGGAGCCGUUGCAAUUGGGGCGCAUGGGGG